AGGGCGCAACAGAAUCCGGUGAUAUGUGGGUCGCUCCCGUCGUGGUUGUGUCCCUGCUGGGCCUCGCAAUGGCCUUUAAGGACUGCGGAUUGGAUAGGCAAUGUGUGCCCUACGAGCAGUGCCAGGAGGGCUUGGUGCUGGACGGGAUACUCUAUCCGGAUCGGAGCAGGACGCAGCUGGACGAGGCGUGCCACUACAUGGAAAAGUGUUGCAAUACAAAUGACACAAGUUCACAGAUAGACACCCCUGAAGUCCCAAUCAAUUUGAGCCUUUGGUCCUGUGGUGGGCGGCAGGAUCUCUGGUAUUACCUCCGACCACUAGGCUACAAGCAGCAGGAGGCCAAGUUCGGAGAGUUUCCCUGGCUGGUGGCUAUCUUUGGAGCUGGAGGCUACCUCUGUAGUGGCGCCCUCAUCACUCCCCUUGCGGUGAUCACGACGGCGUCCUGUGUGCAGAACGAGACCCUGCCGAAUCUCCGGCUGGUGGCAGGGGAGUGGGACGCAGCUGUCGAGCUCGAGCCCCUGCCGCACCAAGAGCGGAGGGCCGUGGAGGUGCUCCUCCACGCCAACUACACAACCAUUCCGAUUGUGAACAAUAUUGCGCUGCUGCUGGUGGAGAAGGACUCACCCUUUCAGCUAGGCCCCAAUAUCCAGUUGAUUUGCCUGCCGCCACCCCAGAUGGUCUACGACUUCAGUCAGUGCUAUGUGUCCGGGUGGCAGCGUCGCGACUUCGGAGGAUCGGACGUCCUGCCCAAGCGCUGGACCCUCUAUGCCCUGGCCAGCGAUCAGUGCCGGGCCAAGCUGCGGUUGAGCUACCUGGGACGACGCCACGCCCUCAACGACAGUCUCCUCUGUGCCGGCGGGGACAAGGGCGACUUCAUCUGCCAGGACGUGGACACGAGCGGAGUGCCCUUGAUGUGUCCGCUGCCGGGCGGCGAGGAUCGGUUUGUGUUGGCGGGACUGCUGGCCAGGCCGACAAAGUGCGAUGGCCCCCAGCUGCUGGCUAUUUUCACGAACGUCCAGUUCUACCGACAGUGGAUCGACCUGAAGCUAAGGGAACGCGAUCUCGACAUAAGGCCAUACAUGGUGUAACCUGAUCCUGAAACUAUGAAACUAAAACCAUAAUACUAUUCUUGGGCAUUUGAUUGUUUAUUUAUUUUAAAGGGAAUACCUCUCCACCUGACCAGGUGGCCAUUGUCUAAACACCUCGUCUCUGGCGGACUAUAAAAGCCACCGUGGUAGCCGGGUAGAAUGGCAGUUGGGCGGAUGCAUUCUCCUUGCAACUGCCACACACCUGGCUUGGCCUCCCAUGGCUCUGCCACUUAUUUGCCUUUUGAUGCACUUGACGGGCCUCUUGCCGGAUUCCGUUCUGGCCAAAAUGAUCCCGUGGGACGAGCCGUUCGAGGAUGACUUCGUGGACGUGGACUUUGGGGGCUGCAUCGAGUGCGAGCAGAGGUACAGAAACUUUGUCUUUAUCCUGAAAAGUUCGGAGACGGCGGAGGAGGCGGCUGCCUCUGCAUAUCCCUAUGUGGCGGCUGUCAUGUGGCUCCUCCUGGCUUCUCUGGUGAUUUUCCAGCGUUGGCGGCAAAUCAAAUAUAAGCAAUAGUCGAAAUUAAAAUAUAAAUAUUUAUGUGUCGCUCAAGGCAUAAAAUUUAA